CUGUAACCCUUCCUCGCGAAGCCACGCGACGUCAGACCAGAGACGAUCGAGUCUCAUAGCUGGACGCCACGAACACCACCGCCGCGGCCACUCCUCUUCUCUUCUUUCUCCAGAUCUUCCGAUCUGCAAGAACACUACCAACUCUUCAGAAAGAAAAAAAAACCCUCAGGAUUCCGCGGCGAAAGUUCGGGCCUUUUUCUCUGGGCCCCCGUCGUUGAACUUUGAAACUCGGCCGUGGAAUUGACGCCGCAUUGACCCCGAUCGUGAUCAUGGCGUCUCGCGCAGCUCCUGUCGCUGUACUCUUCGUCUUUUCCGUGCUCGCGUCCUUGCUCGCCGCCGGCGCAUCAGCAGCGGCGGCGGCUGGGGCGGACUCGGCGUUCGUGCUGGCGGCGGCGCGGACGCAGCGGAAGGACCCUCUGGACGGGCUGCGGUACUACGCCGGCGGCUGGAACAUCAGCAGCGAGCACUACUGGGCCUCUGUGGGCUUCAGCGCGGCGCCCGUGUUCGCGGCGGCGGGGGUCUGGUUCGCGCUGUUCGGCGCCGCCCUGUUCCUCGCCGGCUGCUGCUUCUGCUGCUUCCCGAGCCGCAGCGCCUCCUACUCCCGCGCGGUCAUCUCCAUCUCGCUCCUCCUCCUCCUAGUCUUCACCGCCGCCGCCGCGGUGGGGUGCGGGGUGCUGUACGACGGGCAGGGGCGGUUCCAUGGGAGCACGGCGGCGACGGUGGACUACGUGGUGGCGCGGGCGGACGAGACGGCGGGGAACCUGAGGGACUUCUCCGGGUUCCUGAAGGCGGCGAAGGCGGCCGGCAUUGGGCCCGUCUCGCUGCCCGACGACGUCAAGGGGACGAUCGAUGACGUGGUGCGUAAGGUCAGCGCCGCCUCCGACGAGCUCGCCGACCGCACCGCCAGCAACUCCGCCAGGAUCAGGGCCGCCCUCGACACAAUAAGGAAGAUCCUGAUCGUGCUUGCGGCCGCGAUGCUAAUCCUUGCCUUUGCUGGCCUCGUGUUCUCGGCGUGUGGACUGGAGUCGCUAAUCUACCUGUUGGUGUUCCUCGGCUGGAUCAUGGUCACGGCAACGCUGGUGCUCGGCGGCACUUUCCUCCUCCUGCACAACGUGGUGGGCGACACGUGCGUGGCGAUGGGCGAGUGGGUGCAGCGGCCCCCGCAGGAGCACACGGCGCUGGACGACAUCCUGCCGUGCGUGGACACGGCGGCGGCGGCGGAAGCCCUGAACCGGAGCAAGGAGGUGAACUACCGCCUCGUGGCCGUGCUCAACGGCGUCAUCGCCAACGUCUCCAACGCCGACAACCUGCUCCCACAGGCCGCGCCGCUCUACUACAACCAGUCCGGCCCACACGUCCCGCUCCUCUGCAACCCCUACACCCCAGGCCUCCUUCCCCGGGCCUGCUCCCCCGGCGAGCUCCCCCUGAUCAGCCCGGAAGGCCCGGCCCAGGCCUGGCAGGCCCACGUCUGCCAGACCGCCCCGGGCACCCCCGAUGUCUGCGCGACGCCCGGGCGGCUGACGCCGGCGAUGUACACGCAGAUGGUGGGCGCGGCGAACGUGAGCUACGGGAUCGCGAGGUACGGGCCGGUCAUGGCGGACGUGGCGGACUGCGAGUUCGUGCGGCAAGCGUUUAGGUCUAUCGAGGAGAGCCAUUGCCCCGGGCUCGGGAAGUACAGCGAGAAGGUGUACAGGGGGCUUCUGAUCGUCGCCGGUGGUUUGGUGGUGUCGCUGGUGAUGUGGGUCGUGCACUCGAGGGAGAGAAGGAGGAGGAGGGAUGCCCGGGAGAUGGAGCGAGCCUUGGCGCCGGCGUCGGCGAGGGCGCCUGGGGCGUAUAAGUUCCAGGCACUGGAGGAGAAGGGGUUGCUUGGGAGCCCCAUUCGGCGCUAACAUGUGAAUUGCUAGCUAGUGUUAUGUAAUCAGAUUUAGGCAGAUGCUAUAUGUUAGUGCUGUAUGCAAACAAACAGAGGAUCGCGCGAGCCGUCGAGGCUUGUAUUUGCAUCUGUAGUGUUUGUAUGAUACUAGCAAAUGAAGAACUAAUCUGAAACAUGAAUUGUUUUGGACAGUGCCCAAAAAUAUCGAUCGUUAUCUUCAAGCA